CGGUGUUGGCAGGCCAGUCAGUGCAGCACAGUCGCGGCGGAUAUCCGUCCCCUGCGUAUGGGGUUGAAAAAUUUCAUAAUAUUUCCGCGUAAUAUUCACACCGACUGGUAAAAAAUAAGCAGUGACUCUAUUUCGCGUAUACGGAGUCGCAAAUCGGAGGUUCUCUUUUGGGAGAUUAACAAAUAUUUUUCCGUGCAUCAUCAUGGAUACUUCGUAUGGGGACUAAAUAACCUACACCUUUUAAAUCUCGAUUUACCGUAAUGUUAUUUGCUUAAAAAGAGUGCAAUAGUAGCUAACUCAUAUGCACAGAGACGCUUCCAACGUCUUCAGAGAUUCCUUAAAACUGCGUCAAAAAUUACUUUUAAGGACAACAACAUACUUUAAAGUAGCAGAAUUCGUAAAAAAAGACGCCAUCCGGUACUUCACGUAUGAUUACGAAAUACAUCAAACUUAGUAUUACCAUUAAAUAUUAUGAACAUAUUCAUAGGUAACAAUUACCAUUCUAAAAAUCUCGUCAAGCUGAAGACUUGCUUUUAAAAGAAAUUAAAUAAUUAUACGAAUAGACAAUAAAUAAAUUAUUCUAAUAAAAAAUUUAAUAGAAUCGUUGUUAAAAAAAAAUACUUUAAAAUACUUAAUUUAAAAAAGUUUCGUAUUAGCACUUUCGAUAGCCGCUUUAAAAGCACGAUAGAUUAAAUUUUAAGAAACAUAAAAUACUCUUUAGAGUUAAGAUUUUAGUGAAAAAAUAAAAAAGUCAAAUUUGAGCGGGAGAAAUAAAAGAUGGCGGCGAAAGCGGAGCCGGUUGGUCCGCGGAACGGCCACGAGUUGGCGCCACUGAACACGCGCGCUGACGGCACCGAGAGACCGCACGGGGUCACCAUCGUGCUGCAGGGCUCCAGGGGCUCGCUGCAACGAGAGCUGCCGGAUGAAGACCGCGCCGCGUGGUCAGGGAAGCUGCAGUUCUUCUUGUCCAUCAUCGGAUAUUCCGUGGGCCUCGGAAACAUUUGGCGCUUCCCGUAUUUAUGCCAGCAGAAUGGUGGCGGUGCGUUCCUCAUACCGUUCAUGAUAAUGUUGGUCCUGGAGGGUAUACCGUUGUUCCUGAUCGAGAUGGCGAUCGGCCAGAAGAUGCGGCUGGGCUCCCUGGGCGUCUGGAACACCAUCCACCCCUGGCUGGGCGGCAUCGGCAUCUCCAGCUGCAUGGUCACUCUGUUCGUGGCACUGUACUAUAAUGUCAUCAUCACCUGGGUGUUUUUCUACCUCUUUAACAGCAUCAGACUAACAGCUGACCAGUUGCCGUGGUCUCACUGUCCCCAAGACAACGGCACGGCGGAAGAGGAGUGCACCAAGGCCAGCGCCACCGUCUACUUCUGGUACCGGGAGGCUCUGGACGCGGCGCCCAGCAUCGAGGAGCCAGGUGUACCGCGCUGGUGGAUUGUCCUGUACCUGCUGCUUGCUUGGGUCAUCGUCUUCUUCAUCGUCAUGAAAGGCAUACAGAGCAGUGGCAAGGUCGUGUACUUCACCUCCCUGUUUCCUUACGUGGUCCUCACAAUCUUCUUCAUCAGAGGAAUCACUUUGCCUGGCUCCGCUGAUGGUAUUAUCCACAUGUACAAGCCGAAGCUCGAGAAACUUCUCCAACCAACUGUAUGGCUGGACGCGGCCACUCAAGUGUUCUACUCGUUCGGCCUCGCGUUCGGUUCGCUGAUCGCGUUCGGCUCAUACAACCCGCCGAACAACAACUGCGUGAGGGACGUGCUGCUCGUGUCGGUGUGUAACGCGCUCACCGCUAUCUACGCGUCCGUCGUCAUUUUCAGCAUUCUCGGCUUCAAGGCGUAUACCAUGACGGAGAGCUGCAUCACCAAGCAGAUCAAGUUCCUGGCAAUGCACCACAUCGACGGGUUCAAUCUGAACUCCUCGCACGACUACUACCGCGAGUACUUUCCGAAGAUCAACACCAGCAUCGUAAAGCAUCUCAACAUCACAGAAUGCACCAUCGGACGGCAACUGGAAGAGGCAGCCGAAGGCACCGGCCUCGCAUUCAUAGUGUUCACGCAAGCUAUCCUGAAGCUGACUCCUGCGCCGUUCUGGUCCGUGACCUUCUUCCUGAUGCUGCUGUCGCUUGGGCUCGGAAGCCAAAUCGGCAUCAUGGAGGGCAUGCUGUGCACCAUCUUUGAUAUCGACUUCUUCAAGCGAUUGAGCAAACCUGUCAUCACUGGUGUAGUUUGCGCGUUCUGCUUCCUGGUUGGUCUGAUCUUCACGACGGGCGCGGGCGAGUACUGGCUGAAGAUGUUCGAUUCCUUCGCGGGCACCAUCGGCCUCGUGGUCAUCGCGCUACUGGAGAUGAUCGCCGUCAUAUACAUUUAUGGACACGAAAGAUUCACGAACGACAUCUACGAGAUGACCGGGUACCGCCCGGGCAUAUACUGGCAAGUGACGUGGCGUUACGUGGGCCCAUUCAUCGUUGCCAUCAUCCUCUUGUCCUCCGUGGUGUCCAUGCUCAUCUCCCCGCCGGAGUAUAGCGCUUGGGACGCAGACUUGGGUCACACCGUGAAAAAGAGCUAUCCUGACUGGGUGCUGGCGAUCGCAGUAAUCAUGAUCCUGGCCGGAGUGCUGCCCAUCCCGGUGGUGCUGCUGCUGCGGCGCUUCCAGUGCCUCGCCCUGGACGUGGACAUCCACCAGGGGUCCAUCAGGAGGAUUGAGACCACGGUGUCUACCAAGGAGAUGAUGAGCGACCAGGAUGUGUUGUCGCCGGAGAGCGCGCCGCCGGCGCCGGCGCAGCUGGUGGCGGAGGCGGCCGGAACUAAAUUCACUAUCGGCGACUUCGACGGUGUGGAUAGCAGCGACGAGCGACAGAGCAAGCGCCCGCCCGCCAGCAUCGCGCGCAGCCGACCCAACAAAUAAAUUCGUCAGACUCGGAGGGCGUGAUCCGGACGUCCGGUCGCUUCGACGACUCGAGCAGUAGUGACGAAGAGAUACUGAACACCGGAACAGGACAUCGGCUGGCGAUGAAGCCGAUUGGUAGGAAGCCGACCACAUUCAAGAUGGACGUCGUUGAAUGACGACACUAGAUGUUAGAUUAUGUAGCUAUUUUUAUGUCGUUCACUGGAAAUCCAAUAGUUACUAUUUUUUCGUGUUUUAAUUUAUAAAUAAAGAUUAAGUACUGUUUUUUUGUUAGUUUAUUAAGGCGAAACUAUUUAUAAUUGUAUAUUAUAAAAAAAGUUCGAAUUCAAUUUAUAACGAUCAAAGAUGCCAUAAAUAUUACUUACGAAAAAAAAAGAUUUUUAAAUCGAGAUUUUAAAAGUAAAAAUAUCGUUUUAAGUUUAACAUUUGUUUGAUGAUAUUCAUGAUAUUUUAAUAAAAUAAAUUAUGAAUUAAAUUCGUCCCAAAACCUAACUAAUAGUCACAAGCUCAUUUGAUACUCUUCAAUGAUAUUUUUCCGUUAUUAUCUGGAGUAAUUUGUUUAACACUUUUUAAUACUCACAUUAUAUUAUUGUAAAUGUAAAUAGAUUAUGAUUAAAAAUCAAGUGUAGUUAAGCAAGACGAGGUCGGCCAACGGUUGGUGCGGAACUAAGUAUGACUUAGACUUAAGUUGUUGAUCAUUUAUGUAUAUCAAUAUUGUUGUACCUAGUUUUCGAUGCGCGCGAUUACUUUAUACCUACCUAUAAUUGUAGAUACAUAAAGAUUUAUCACCCAAUUAAUUAAAUAUACUUAAAUAUAUAUUGCGCAGACAGCAGAUUUUGGAGUUCCAAUUGUAAGAUUCGUCUGUAUGGUUAAGGAAACUUGAUGUAUUUCACGAGCGCAGUUCUGGACGUGCUUAAUACUCCAGCAAAAGGGUCAAUUUUAUUAAAUCCACGUUAAGGAAACAUUCGGCAGGUCCGUGAGUGAAUUUCUGAUAAUUUAUCACAAUAGAUUGGUGAUAAAAUAAUAUAUUCACUUCAUGUUUUUGGUAUGUAAGAGCAAUACACUUUUACGCAUUGUACCUCAAAGGCAAGGCCGUGGCUAGGGAUGGGCAAUAAGGGGCAAUGCCUUACCUUAAAAUACCAUUGCUUUACCUUAAAAGAAGCAGCAGGCAGGCUAGAAGAGCGGCACGACUCUGCUUAGAGCGGGAGCACACGAUGCGUUGCGGCGGCGGUGCGGUGUCGAAGCGGUGUCGCUGCGUCGUCUUACAUAGAAAUAUCAGUGGCAUGUCACACGAUGCGCUCCGGCGCCGCACCGGACUUGCAACCACCGAGACGAGGCGGGGAGAGGUGACUGCGUUGCGACGACGGAGCGGCACCGCUUAGUUGCUUAUGCGUCAUAAAGAAUGUAUGCUGGUGGGUUGCCCGCGGCGCCGCUGCGACGUAACAACGUUGCGGCGCCGCACCGCUCGUGUGCCCACCGAGGCGGCGAAAUCUUUGCGCUGCGGCGCCACAACGCAUCGUGUGCUCGCGCACUUAUGCUCCGCUGCACUACCUUAAAUACAACUCUGGCUACGGCCCUGCUCAAAGGUACAAGUCUGACAAAGUACACCAUCAGUUAAAUGUAGCGAAGGCAAAUUUAAAUAUUUAAUGUUUAGAAAUAAAGAACAGUCGUUGAAUUUUAAUAAAUAAAUAGAUCUUGGAUUGAAAACAGAUGAGUCGAUAUUUUUGAUGUCCAUGGCCAUUCUUAAUAGACCUGACAAUAGGACAUUAUUAUUCUCAGUUCAUAUUGCCUAAAUUUGAAGAAUUGGGCAUUCUACCUUUCAUUGUCAAGUUUAUUAUUAUAGUUCACAUUAAUAUACUUAGUUAUAUUUAUUGUAAAAGCAAAAUUGUUAAUAAAUUAGUGAUAUAUAACUAAAGCGAAAUCAACGCGAUGCUAGUCAUUUAGUGUAUUAGCUUAUAUGUGUAAGUAAUUUAUCGAUCACGCGUAGAACGCACAUCACUAUGGUGGAUGCAUGGAGGGUCAGAGAUCAGGGUGUUUACUACAAAUUCCGGAUUUAGUAUAACAUACAUGCCAAUUAAAAAAGUAAAACCAAGUAAAAUCUUUAGGUAUUUAAAAAAAGUACCUAAUCAUACUCGCAUGAGCACCCAGUUAUGUUAAGUAUGAGGAGCUGGCGAACAAAACGGUAUAAUAACGCAUCUGCUCAAACCAUUUUUUUACGGUUUUAGGCCCGUUGAAUUAGAAUCUCAAAUAAUUUUCAAUCAAAACCGCCUAAAACAGUGUCAAAAUUACUAAAUUUAUAAAAAAGAACCAUGCUAAAAGCGCACUGUAGGUAAGUCAUUCAGUUUUACACAGCUCCUGAAAAAAAUAAUUUUAUGUAAUUAUACCGUUUUGUUCACCACCUCCUCAUAUACUAUCUGUGUCUGUGGUUGAAUAGCUCGUUUUGUCAUGAUCAAUUGUCAAAGUAAUUUGACAAUGGUUUUGCCAACUGGCAACUAACGUCGGCGUCUAACUAGACGCGAUAAAAAAGGGGUUUUAAUGUAACUUUUGGUGCUCAUGCUAAGGAGACAGAUUUAGUAUUUUUUUGUUUCAACUAAGAUAUAAUGGUGUCGAGUUUGGCGUGCUUCUUUUAACUUAAAAACUAAAUUUAACAUCAGUCCCUCCUUUUCAUUCUGUAUAGAGAAUGACAAGGAUACACUGUUGUCUAAUUUUAGUUUAGAUUUAGAAAAUCAUGCCAGAAUCGCCACCAUUGUUAAUUUAUAACGCAACGCGAAAGUUUAAAACUGUUUAAGAUAUAGCGAACAAAAAAAAACGUUUGUUUUAAUACGAUAAUGAUAGGUAAUAGCUAACUAAGUCGUUGGUCAUUCUGAUGUUUAUUAACAAUAAUGUCAUGCAAGUUACGCCUACUUUAGUUUCAGACUUCAGCUAUAACUAUAUUAAUAUUGGAAUGGGAGGUUUCAUUAUAUGGGAGUGCAUGGAACUACUUAAAAACAACAUAGUAAGAAUAGGAAUAGAUCAAAAAUUAUAUUUAUCCGGUCACUACUACAAAGGGGAUAUAGAGGGAAGAAUAUGAGAAAAAGAUUCAAAAGUGAUUUUCGAUCAAGGACAAGUAGUAGCGAGGUUUAUGAAAAUUGCAAAUUGUCCGGUAAAAAUAUAAUUACAUUUUUAAUACAAACUCAUUUUUAUUACAAUAAUUUUAAAAGAACUACGAUGCUUCAAAACUAAUGCGAAAAAGGAAGAAAGUGCUUCUCAAAAUUGCCAUCAAUGAAAUUUUUUUUUUCCGAGCAAGUGCUUAUCAAAAUUGCCAUCAAUGAAAAUUUUCUCAUAGAAAGUGCUUAUCAAAAUUGCCAUCAAUGAAAAUUUUCUCAAAGAAAGUGCUUAUUAAAAUUGCCAUCAAUGAAAAUUUUCUCAAAGAGGUUGCUUAUCAAAAUUGCCAUCAAUGGCUGAUCCAAAACUAAUUUUCUUCUAUAUACUUGUAACCGCAUCUAACUUCAAGCCGGUUUGAACUUCAAAAUUUACAAAUAAUGUAUCUAUUUGACUAAUGUAAGUACCUUAGCAUGCCUUGCCUUUCCCGAAUGUAAGUAAAAAUAAAUUUAAGUAGGUACAAAGAAUUUGCUACCUGGCCCUUUUAUAUGUGAGAAUUUCUUUGUGCUCUAUUCGAUUACCUCUCAGGCAAAAGAUAAAUAAAUAUGCUAGUAAUAUAAGUUUAAAUUUUGUUUUUAAUAAUUUCUUUGAUACUUUUUAGAUAAAAAAUCUGGAAGUUAAUGCUUUAAUUAAAAUAUUAGGUUGGGGAGAAAAGUUUCUUCGCAUUUUAUAUGAAAAUUCAAAAAAUAAAAGAAAAGUUUAUUUACAUUUUACUAAAAUAUGUAAGUGCCAUUUUGUUCGAUAACUUUUUGCCAUCUUGUAGGUAGGGACAUGAUCCCAUUGCUAUAACAAUUUUGGGUUUUCUAAUCAAGAAACCGCGACAAGUGAUGUUGGCAGUCCUCUUGUGAUGUUAACCUCAGACUGCCUAAAGAUUCUGAAGAGACCGAAACAGGUAGAAAUCUGAAGACGCAAGGUCAGGACUAUACGGCGGAUGCAUUAACACCUCCCAGUGACUCUCUUCAUUUUCGCUGAGUAGCUAAAGACGUGUGAGGUCCAACUUUAUCUUGAUGGAAAAUCAAACUCCUUCUGUCAGACCCGUCUAUCCCAGUGGGCACUUUGGGCAAGUGCCCAGGGCCCCGCGAUCGAUAGGGGGCCCCCUCAGAUCAAAUACAAAGUCCCUAGUUCCUGUUAAAUCACCAAACGGAAGUCAUAGGGGCCCCAUUAUGCCCAUUGCCUGCAAUAUGUCAAAAAUGGCACUGCCUUCUGUUGAUUCCGGCCGCUUUUUCUCAACUUCUUGCUUUAAUCUCAUCAGUUGUUCGCAGAAAAGUUCAGAAUCUAUGGUUCUGCCGCCAGGUAACAGCUCAUAAUGAAUAAUGCCCUUUCAAUCUCACCAUACACACAGCAUCACCUUGUUGCGAGUUAACCCGGGUUUCGCCAGAGUCUGUGGGGCUUCACCGGCCUUUGACCGCGACCUUUUUCGCACGUUCUUGUCGUACGUGAUCCACUUUACAUCACCAGUCAUCAGCUUUUUCAAAAAUGGUUCGGUUUUAUUACGUCCUAAUCAGUGCCGUCUUUGACCUAUUGGAGGCCCUGGGCAUAUUAGGAUAAUUGGGUCCCUAUGACUUCCGUUUGGUGAUCUAACAACAACUAAGGAUUUGGAUUUGUGAUUUGAGGUGCCCACCUAUCGAUCACGGGGCCCUGGACACUUGCCCAAAUUGCCCACUGGGAAAGACGGGUCUGGCCCUAAUAAAGAAUCACAAAUGAGUACAUAGUUCAUUAGGUUUCUUUCAGUGAGCUCGUGAGGCACCCAAAUAUCGAGCUUUUUUGUGUACCCAGUUUUUUCAAAAGCGCCAUAACUGUUUUGUGGGCAAUUCCCAGGUACGUCGUAACUACUGAUAUGCCAUAUAUAAUGGCAUCCGUUUUAUCCGUAACAGGGCGAACAAAACGACGGAAAUUUUGAUGUCAAAGAUGCACUUUGACAUCCAAAUUUCCGGAUUGAAAACGCUUAAACCAAUGUGCUAUUCUCACAGACACUGCACUAGGUCCAGUGUUGUCAUGUCCAAAUACUAGUUAACGGUGAUAGAAAAUAUGGUAGAUUCUAAAAAAAUACCGUUAUAGAUCCAGGGAGAAAACGGUAAUAGAAAUAAAAUAGCCAGACAGUAAUAAUUGAUGCAAAUACAAUAAUCCAAACAAAUUUUUCAUUAGAUUCACUCAUCUUGACAGUAAAGACAGACGUUGUUUGAUGGACCAUUCCUGGAGGAUGGAUGCAUUGGUUCGGAAUUGUGUCCACUGUAUGCCAAGCAUUUUCCUCCAGCACCACAUUUCUAGAGCGUCUAUCUUCUUUUUCUCACUCUCUCGCAAGGUCCACGUCUCAGCACCAUAGAGGAAUAUGGGAAACACUAAUGCCCUGUACCCUUAGUACGAGUUUGAGCUCACGAAAACUAUCAUAGUUUUCGUAAUUGUAAAUUAUGUUUCUUUGUCCAUUUUGGUGAAAAUGGACCAAAUAUACUUAAAAUUUAAGAAGACGCAAAUGAUUUAAUGAUAGAAUUUAAACACUGUUUAUUUGUAUUGAAACGAAAGCAAAAUCAGUAGCCUUAGUACUAGUGCGAGCUCAUGAAAACUAUCAUAGUUUUCGUAAUUGUAAAACUCGUACUAAAGGUACUGACGAGUCGUGUUUUCGUGGCUUUUGUGAUGUUCCUGAAUUUGGAAUUAUCUUCUUUAAAAUUUAAACUUUUUAAUGAUACCAAAAUCAGUCAGAUACAAAUGGUUUAGCCGAAGAGAUUGUAUUCCAAGUUCAUACAUACUAUAAUGCGAAAAGACUUUCCCCAACCUAUAACAAUAAAAUGAUUUUUUAUAGAAUGUUGGGACAGGUGGAUCUCAUAUUAAAAUUAGGUAUUACAUAAAAAAACCAUCGAGAAAAACCUAUGUCUGUUUCAAUCCCAAUUCGUACAGAACUAAAUAUAAACUAAUCUCUUCAUUUAAAUCAACUGAAGUUAUUGAACUGAAAAUAAAAAAAUUAAAUUACUGGUUAAAAUGUUAAUUUCCCGUAGUGAAGUCAAGAACUAAUGCUGAGAAAAAAUGUGAUGAAAAAAGAAAUAUUGGAUUUGUACAAAUUUGAUUGAAAUAUGAAUUAUAAAAUUCUACCUAUUUGCAAAUACAUGGUGAUUAUAUUGUUGAAUUUUUGAUCUUAUAUCGUUAGCGAUAAAGAGCUUGGUAGACAAUGCCCUUAUAACUUAGACCUUCAUAAACUGUUACAUAGUCCGAUGAAAACAAUUACUAAUGUUUAAAUUCUGUGAAAAAUAAUUACAAUAAAAGUCAACUUUGAAAUUUGGACUUAAGAUUUUAGUCGACGAUUCCUUGAAAACUUUGUUUUAAAAAACAACAGACAUUGCUAAACACCUUAGGCCUCCCCCACAUAAGCGCGUUAUUAUCAGUCGAUAAUAUCGGAUGCGUUAUUGCGAUAAUUGUUUUUAGUACAUUAUGUAUGAGAACGGCUACAAAGUUACACACUGCUGCGAUACUGCGAUAAUACGCAAUAGAAGUUCAUGAAUUCGCAAUAACCCUUUAUUAUCGGUCGAUAAUUCCCAGGAGGCAUAAAUCACUUUAAAAAAUAGGAAUUGAGUCAGUUCACUAUGGCGGGUGUUGAGUUUAAAACAAAACUGUUGAAUAUGUACUUAGAUAUGAUUAGUGACGUAAGCACAUGCUCAAAAAAGAGCCGUUACAUUAAUAUUUGUUUUGAGUAGUAACCAAUUGGGAUAUUAUCCCUCCUAGGAGUAGUAUAACUGAUGAUAUUAACGUAAGACGAUUGUAAAAUUACUAAUUAAAUAAAUAUAAUUACGUUCGGAAACGCAAAAAAAAGUAAAUAAAAUCGCUAACUGAAG